AUUAAAGCAAAGUGGAAAAUCCGAGCGUAACUGCUUCAACAAAUCGGAAAGAGCUCUUCUUUUUUCUGAAAUCUCUCAAAAAAAUAUAUUUUUCUAUCUGGUGAAAAAUCCACGACGACAAUGCUGAUUGCCAGCGCAUCAAACAACCAGACAAUUGCUCCUUCGUCAUCUGUAAAGUUACGAAGAUCUCGUCGAUUGUCGUCCACCAGAGGAUUAAAGUUACGAACUACUGUGAAUCACUCGAACGACUAUCCUGCUUGCCAAGACUUCAAUCAGAAGCUCGGUAUUUACCCCGCGGCGAACAAGAGCGUGGAUGAUGAUAACAGCAGGAACAGAUUACCGAUUAACUGGGAAAUGAACGAGAGGAUCAGCUUAAGCAGCGGCUCCAGUACUGGAUUAGCGAUUCGUCCCGACAACCAGAAAGGCAUAGAGUUUAGUGAGAAUCGCAGAAGAGAAGUUGAAGGUAGAUCGAAGAUCAGCGAAUGUUUGGAACGAAAUCGCGGAACGAAAUUAUCGCCAUUGUCAUCGGACAAGCCGACACUGGAGCUGAUGAAUGUAUCGGGAUAUCCGUCGAACGUCGAUCGGAAGCAACGCGGCUGUUCAAUCGAGAUCAAGGCAGCGAACGAUAACGUUCUCAAGAGCGACUCGAAGUACGAAAUCGGUUUUCUCAAUCGUAACUCCGCGACGAGGAAGCAAAGGCGGCAGGAUGCGCCUAAAAAGGACAAUAUCGACACGACGAAGAGACGCACCAAGAACAAACCUGGAGACUCUAUUUCGAAGCGGCUCGAAUUGAUCCAUGAGCUCAAUCAAAAGAUUUUGGCUAACUAUGAGAGAUUUCAGCAAAGAUCAAAACAUUCUAAAGAUACGAAAGAACAGGCUGUGAAGAGCCGCAACAAGAACAAAAUUGAUCCUGAAGAGCACAUUUACUCGGAGAUCAAAAAGAAAAACAAGACAGCUUGUAAAACGAGUGAUCGGAAAGAACGAAACGUUUCCAAACAGGAUGCUUCCAAUCAGAAUGUUUGUAAGAAAGAUUUUUUCAAGCAAAACACUUGUGGCUCGAUAAAUACUAAUAAAUCGACUUUUCCGAAGGAUUAUUACAAUAAGAUGGGUGCUAAAGAUCCAGCGAAGAAAGAAGACAGUUCAAGAGCUGCGUACAAGCCCAAUCGCAGGAUCGUUUGCGAAAAUGCAAAUUUUAGUAUGGCGGUUAAGGAGAAUUUUUCCUACCAAGACGAGGAAGCUCAAUUGUCAAUAUAUUCGAAGCCGAGAGACAAGAAAGAACGGCUGUCGGAAGGAAGUUCGGUCUUCUACGCGAAUGAGGAUAUCCUAUCGAUGGAAAUCGAAUCAACCGCAAUUGAAAAUUGUUUGGAGAACUCUCGACUGUAUCCCGAGAGCUGUGAUCUGGGUAAUAAUGAAUCGAAGGACGAUUGCCCGAAGGAGAGCGCGAAGGAUGAUGCUUCGGAGAUUGAUCGGAUCGAUGUGCUAAAAGAUGCGCGAACAAGGAGCGGGGAUAUUACAGUGGAGGAGAAGAUUCUGCAGAACGAGAUUCUGGAGAAACUGGACGAGACGAUCGACAGAUUCGAUAACGAAAGGAUGCAGCUGACGCCGGCGGAUAGCAGCGAGGAAAAGGACAGCUUCAGCACGGAUUCUAUACAGAGUCGCAGUCCCUCGAGUGCAAAAGGCACGAAGGACGCCGCCAACCUCCAGGAUACCUUCAAUUCCUCCUGGGAUUCGGGAGUCGGGGUGGAUGUCGGCAACGGAAGCGGGUGGGUGAGGAUACACACGGGGAUCGAGAGCAGCCUCGUAUAUCUUACUCUGGACACCACAGCUAAGGACGUCUGCAGGGACAUGCUGUUGGGAGAAGACUUGUCUCUGUUUGUCCAGUAUGGCGGUGAACCAGGUAGGAGGUUGGCGUCCCAGGAGAAACCGUUGGAGAUUCAGGAUCAAUUUCUUCAAAGGCUUGGCUACCAGGAAGUGUCUCGGCGCGCUCGUUUGGGGGUUGAUCCUGAACUUAGACAUCUCGUCGGUUUUCACGUAGGACCUGCAUCGCCACUGCCGGAUCUGGCAGGAUACAGCCGUUGUGGUUACGCUCUGGUAUUGAAGGGAUUGGUUUUUCCUCAGUGGAAGCAACGGCCACUGGCAGUCAUCGGUUCCAGACUUUUUCUUUAUCCCGCUUGUCCGGAAUCGCGAGCAGAAUGGAUGGAACUGUGCGGCGGAGGUGGUGCGGUGUGCUAUGCGCCGUCACGUCUGGGCAAACUCGUUUUGCGUGUCACUGGAUUUCCUAGGGUCACUCAACAGUGUCAUGUGAGCCAACACCCCGAAGAGAGUCACCAUCGUGAAACUCGGCACUUGUAUCUGGGCUUCCAUCAUCCCUGGGAUCGAGAUCUCUGGAAAAGCUGGAUCAAAGAGGCUACGCAGCUGCCGUCAUGUCCGAAGAAGUUGGACUUGAGCAAAGGAGGUCUGUCAAGAGUCCCUGACAGCGCGAUUGCUUUUCCAGCGAUAGAGGAGCUCGUAUUGUGCUGCAAUCAGAUCACCAACGUCGAUAACAAUCUAAAACUUCUACACAGGUUUCCUAAACUUCAUGCCGUCCAUCUAGAGAGCAACGAUCUCCGCAGAAUCCCGCGGGAAUUGCUGGAGUUACCGGCAUUGACCUAUCUUAAUCUCUCGGACAACAAGAUCGAAAUAAUUCCAGCUGACAUCUGCCAACUAGUCAAUCUAAAAGAGCUGAUCCUUGACCGUAAUAGCAUCAAGAACCUACCAGACGAAGUGACGCGGCUGAAAAACUUGAGAAAUAUUUCUCUCGUCGGAAAUUUACUCAGCACCGCACCAUCCUUUUUCAAUAUGCGAGCGCUUGCGCUUACAGAAGUUCUGUCAAAGACGGAUCAUGGAAAAUUUUACAAGGAUGAAAAAGCCAAUCAUAGCAAUUUACAUAAGAUCAGUCUAAGGAAUAAUCAGCUGAAGGGAAAUAUAAUUUUGGGAAAUUAUGGCAGUUUGACGCACUUGGAUGUCAGCGAAAAUAGCAUUGAAAAAUUGGACAUUAGUGCUCUGCAAGAACUGAGAAGCGUGCGCUGUGCGCGAAAUCAUUUAACGGAAUUAACUCUUUGUGGUCGAAAUCUCGUAUCACUCAUCGCUGGAAACAAUAAAUUGAAAAAGCUAACUGUCGAACCUGUGCCAACUAAUCUGGAGCAUUUGGAUGUUUCCUAUAACAAUUUAGACGCGUUACCGGAAUGGACAACUGAAUUGCCGGCGUUGCGCGCACUUUUCGCGUCGCACAAUGCUCUCACGGCUCUUCCGGACAGGCUGUUGUCGCAACCAUCAAGAUUGGAAGUCCUCCAUCUUCCUCACAAUCGAUUACAAGCCUUGCCACCUCCUAGAAGACCAUUGAAUAUCGUGCAUUUAACUCUUCAAGGCAACAUGUUAACCACUUUGCCAACCAGUUUUUUUACCAACACCGAAAAGAUGAAAGUUUUGAACCUUUCCAAUAAUCGGCUCUCCGAACUUCCGUAUCGCGAAGAACUUGGCAAAAAUCAUCAGAUAUCGCAUACCUUGGAGAAAUUAUAUAUCACGGCAAAUUGCCUGACCGAUACCGCUUUAGAUGCUUUGGCGAAGUUCACGUCUUUGAGAGUUCUGCAUAUCGCUUAUAAUACCUUGGACACGCUUCCAGAAAGUUGCAUAGCUGCGUGGAAUGACCUGGAAGAAUUGGUGCUGUCCGGAAACCGAUUACAGUAUCUUCCCAAUAAUGUGGCCAAUCUGGGACAUUUGCACGUACUACGUGUGCAUUCUAAUCGGCUCCUAACGUGCCCUACAUUCAGUAAAACCACUUCCUUAAAGGUUCUAGAUUUGGCGCACAAUCAAUUGGACAGGAUAAAUCUAGCGACUUUAGUACCACCACAAUUGCAGUUUCUCGAUAUAUCUUGCAACUCCCGGCUACACGUGGAUCCGCGACAAUUCCAAGUCUACAAAUCUCAAAGACCGAUAUCUUUAGUGGACGUGUCUGGCCAGAAUAGGCCCAGUUUGCCGUCUUAUCCGCAUCAACAGGAAAUUGUCGCAGCGGAGAAAAAUGCCGAGCAUCCGUGGCGAUUAGGUUUCUCCGAGACUGCGGGCUCGCGCGAAAAGUUGUACAUUUCUCAAGUACGAAUGCCAUCUUUUUGCAACGUCGAGGGUUUGUUCGGCAUAUUCGACGGCGGUUCCAAUCAAGAGGCACCGAGCGCACUUCAAGAGAUGAUCCCCCGCCUCUUGAUGGAGGAGAGAACAGUCCGGGAAACGUCGAAGGAAUAUCUGAAGUACACCUUGCUGUCGGCACACAGAGAGCUGAAGGAAAAGGGCCAGAAAUACGGUAUAGACGCGACUCUGGUUCACGUAGUGAAAUUGCCGUCGCAACAAGGAUACCCGAAGACCUCCACCAAAUACUCUCUAAAGGUGGCCACAUCCGGGGAUGCCAAAACUGUUCUCUGUAGAGCCGCCGGUCCCUUGACUCUCGCCAUAACUAAGAAAACUCAGUCGGUGAAAAAUCAAUUGGGCAACGCCGCCAUGUUUCCGCUAGUGGUACCUGAUCCAGUAUUUGAGGAAGUGACACUGGAGGACGAUGAUGAGUUCAUCAUAGUCGCUAAUCGGAGAUUAUGGGAGGUUCUGAGCGUCCAGGAGGCCGUGAGGGAAGCCAGAGCCGAGGCCAGUCCCGUUCUGGCCGCCAAGCGGCUUCAAGAUUUGGCGCAGGCUUACGGAGCGGAAGACAAUCUGAGCAUAAUUGUCGUGAGAUUGGCGGGACCGAGCCUGGGCGACAUGGAUCAGCUUAUGCGAGAGCUUAGGCAUGCCGUCGGCAAAAAUAGAGGGCAAACCGACGGCGUGUGUCCUUGUCCUUGUUGCAUGCCACCAGCGGUGCACAAGCCACCGACGGCCUGCUGCUGUCACGCAAGCGAGGGUUAUUAUCUAAAUGGCGUAUUAAAAAAUAUAGUGGACAGAUCCAAUAAAGUUCACGGUGGUUCCGGAAGGUAUUAUAAGAACUCUAGAUCAACGCAGGAAAAUGAAAGUCCUCCGUAUAGAGACGAUCGUAGCUCGCCAAGUGGGCAAUCUGAUCAAGCCAGUGAUAGUACUUUUAAAUCUCGUCAUCCAUCAGAAAGAAUGUGGCCCGCAAGUGCGGCUUCCAGAGCGACGAACAAGGUCCAUCAGAAUGUGCUCAUGAAAGAAAAUGCAAUACGAAAGGUAUCAUCUUGCUUGCCGACGCAAGAGGACGCCGUCUCGGAAAGAUCCGGUGCCCUCAGCGAGGAACAAUUUCGUUGCUGGGAGUAUAUGCUCGAGCAAAACACUCAAAUGUUGUUCGACAAAGAGCUGGACACAUUGAAGAAGGCACCAUUGCAUCGCGGUCAGUCGAGGUCAACACCGCAGCUAGGUGGUAAUUUGCCUUUCCUGUCAAAGAGAUUCGGCAGCGCUAGAUCCUUCAAUCCUUCGCUGCCGCGGCCACCGGUCGUCCGUUUCGGCAGCGGACGAAGAUUGCUAAACGGUGGACCGAACGCCGCCUAUUUUGGCAGUCUGCAAAGACUGAUGCCGUACAAUCUUGAAUACGACUUUGCCGUUAUUCAGGAAAGAAGCGGUAUGGACUCGUUGGAACAGGACGCAUCAAGAAUGCAGCAGUAUUGGGGUGUAGCCACCACUGAAUUGUAGAUAAAUAUCAUAAGGAUCAAACAAGGACGAAUGAGAUAUCUUGUACAUACAGAGAUUUAUUAAGAGAGGCACGUUUAAUUUUAUUCUUCUUUUCUCGAUUUAUGCUCUAUAAUUAUAAAGUAAGUAUUUGUUAAGUAUAAGAAACUAUUUUUUAUAAAUAUAGAAAUAUUUUUGUAUGUUGAUAUGUAAUAUAGAAUGUGUCCCAGAAAAGAGUGUGCUCUAAUAUAGUAAAUUUAUAUUUGCUUAAAAUAAGAGAAUACUUUUUAAUCUUUCGAAAUACGUACUUGAGAAAAGCAAUCUACUUAUAUAAAGAUAAAAAUAUCUUACCGAAAUCAUAAAUAUUAUAAUAUAAAAAUUAAGUUAAAUUCUUAAAGCAAAACAGAGAUUUAGUUGCAAUUUUUGGACAAUUAUUGCUGACAGCUGAGCAACGAGCUACUAAAUGCAUGUGUAAGCUUGUUUCACGAGUAAUUAUAGUUCAAAAAUGCAAUGCAAUCAUAUCGCUCUGAUAAUGAAUGACAUUAAGAUUA